AUGGCGGGCCGCAUUCCCAACUUCGACUUGGAGGCGGAAUUUCAGAAGCUGGUGCCUCUCAUGAAAUCAUGCUUUGACCGAGAGGACCCAGAACUCAGGCCCACCUACAGAGAUUGCAGAAGUUGGGCAAAAUCUUUCACAUCGAACAUUCGACGUAGCAUGGCCUCGCGCGACAACAACGGCUGGCUCGGCGACAAUGGGGAAGGGGACCUCACCGAGCGAUUCGAGCUUGUGCAGCAAAUUCGAGACACAAUACUCAACCACGAUGACAUCAAAGAGGAGGAGGACAAGAUCAAAAUCCUUGAGACAAAAGAGGUGUGGGCGCACCUCAUGGUCCUGCCCUUGCCUCGUCUCCGAACCUUCUUGGCCGAGGUACAGAACAACGACAACCUGACUGCCCAGAGAGACCUCGGGCUUUGCGCCUUUACGGGCCACCUACUCGGUGAAAAGUGUCACAUCCUGCCGUUCUGGACUCUAAAUAGGCCUCGCUGCUCCCAGGCACUUGACGCUGCAUCCGCAGUAUUCGGAAGGGAACGAAUCCAAAUGCUUCGCAAGAAGCUCGUCAACCCCAAGACCAACAUUGUCGAUACGUCCCGAAAUAUGAUCACGUUGCACCCUAUGCUUCACAAGUUUUGGGACCAUGGACUUUUUGGUUUAGAGCCCGUCACUCUCUUGUACGAAGAGGACAAGAAGGAAGAACCCGACAUUGCGGGUCCCUCGACUCCCUCAAAGGUCGCUGGCGAGAGACCCAAUGAGGAGAGUGGGGCGCCGGGUUCCUCAAGGUCUACAAGAUCUGGUACCAAGAGACUCAGCGAUAGUUCACAGAUCACGCCUUCCAAGAAGUCCAAGAGAACCAGCGAGGGCAAGGGUAAGGGCAAGGAGAGGGAGGUGGAGCUGCCGCAGGAUAUCAAGCCUACGAAGGAGGACGGUGAGCGCGCAAGGGAGGCGAUCGGUAUUCGUGUUCGACUCAAUUGGCUGCCAAAGACGAUGUGCUUGACGCCGGACAAUCUUCCAACGAACAUGACUGAGUUACGGCGGACUUGGAGCCCGUGGGACGAAGACUACGUUGUUCACCGCAAGGAUGCCCGGCCAGUCGACGACGGCCAGAUCAUCGACAUUUUUGACACAGCAGACGCCAAAGCCCCCGAUUUCGAUAUCCUGCAAUUGCAGUUUGACGUUUUUCGUAUGCAAGCGUUAUCGGGCAGAGCUGACCCCAUUAUCUACGCCCCCGAUUGGUACUACGAUGACGAUGGGGAACUUGUUUCAGAUCCCGUGCCAGGAAAAGAAGAGGCUGUCCGGGAACAUGAGGCUCGGGAGGCGCGGGAAAUUCAGGAGGCUCGGGAGGCUAUGCAGGCUUAG